GUCCGACGCUGCGGGAGCUGCUCAGGACCCCCAUGGGGCUCCUCGACCUCCGCUGCGCAGCCCUUUUUGUUGGCUGUGCGCUUGCGCGGGGGGCAGGAGCCCGGCCACCCCUCUCGCCUCUCCCUCCCUCCCGCCCCCGCCCCUCCAGGACUGCCCCCUCCGGCCCCUCCCGCUGCGGGAUGCCGAGGCCGCUCCCGGUGGCGCCCUGGCGGCCGCGCCGGAGGCCUGCCGCUGGCAGCGCGCCUGCGCUGCUGCUGCUGCUGGCCGGCGGCGGCGGCGGCGCGGCGGCGGGGUCGCAGGAGCCGGUCGCGCCACUGGAGCGCAUCCCGUGCAGCCGCGACGCGCCCGACCUGGGCUUUGCGGCCAUGUGCGCCUGGCUCGAGGACACGUGCAAGGCCAAGGGCACCAGCAGGGUGCACGUGGCGAGCUUCCCGCACGGGGGCGCGCCCGUGCGGGGCCUGGGCGUGAGCUCGGACGUCGCCAAGGGCGACCACGUCUUCUGCAUCCCGAAGGCGUGCUGGCUGAACGAGGACGUGCUGCCGGACCCAUUCGACGACGGGCCUGGGACACACUGCACGUCCAACGAGAGGAUGGCGCUCUGGCUGGCAAACGAGGUCAAGAAGGGCCCCGAAUCCUUCUACAGCCCAUAUUUUCCAGUGCUGCCCACCGAGGAGGCGUACAGGCGCUUCCACCCGGCAUAUCUGGAAGGCUUCCAGCUCGACGAGAGCGUGGAUUUGUGGAAAAUGUGGUUGGGAAGACUCCACCUCUGCCAUGGAGGCAGGGAGUCGCCCACGUGGGCGGAGGUGAAGCUCACCUACGUCUGGUUGCUGACUCGGCAGUUUGGGGGCGUAGGCAUGACUCCCCUGGCGGACAUGCCCAACACGGCUCCCGAGCCUGAGCUGAACGUCCAGCAGAUACUCAACCACGGGGGCGACUUCUGCCUCAAGGCUCUGAGAGAUCUGCCCGCGGGAACGGAGUUACUCGUGGAUUACGGGGCACCGCAUCACAGCCCCACGCUGAUGUUCCUCAUAUAUGGCUUCGCGCUGGAGAGGGAGCAUCACAACGUGACAGUGCCCAGCGCCGAGGAGUACGCGAGCGCCGAGUACAUGCUGAGCCCGAGGGACGGCUGCGCGGGGCUGCGUCCGCCGGAGUUCCAGCUCCCACCGGACGCAGGUCCGCCGCUCCAGAACCUCGCGCGCUUCGCAGCUCGCCACUGCCGUGCUCCACUGGAUGAGCUGUGAGUCGUCUGAGGCACGGAGGGACAUGACAUUGCCAGGGAAGUCUGAGCUCGCUCGUUCCAGGGUGCAAUCAGCAUCUAUGUGCGCACUCACGUAGAGCAACCUCAUCCCUCCUCUCUCCUCCCCAUCUGAUCAUCUUUACUUGGCUCUCCUUUCUUCCGGAGCACGCCGCAUGCCCAAGAAGUGCGCCUGUUUCUCCUAAUAAGAUUGUUUCGUAUAUAUCGUAGUCAUCUCACACAGAAGCGCAACAAGAAGAUCCACGUUCAACCGCUUGAUUUAGAGAAUGGCGAUGGCCGUCUCGCUCUAAAGUUAGAGAUUCACUUCCUGUCGUCGUGUUUUUUGCUA